GGGAGUUCUCCAGGUGAAGGAGGAGCAAAUACAGGACCCUUGGGGUGUGAGACACCAUGGAAGAGACCUUUAAAGACAAUCCAUGGACUGAUCUACAAUGGAAAGAGACUGUCACGGAGUCACCCGGGCGAUGAUCUGGAACUACUCCAUAUGAAGCCAGUCAGGACUCUGGGGGAGCGUGCCUCCUCUCUGUGAGCAUACUGUCUCCAGGGCAAGAAGCUUACACAGCUUCGACCUUCCUGGGUCUGACCUCAGAGCAUUCAGCAUCCCCUUCCACACCAUGCGCUUCCCGCAGCGAGUCUGCCCGGGAGGGGCUCCUGGGGAAGCCAGAGGGCCCUGCACCCCAACUCCACAGUCAGAUGUGACUCUCAGCCAGCUGGUAAAACAGAAGGUUUAUUAGUCGACAGGAACACAGCAUAGAACAGAACUUGUUAGCACAGAAAUCAGUGACUUUCAGCCAAGUCCAUCUUGGGGGGAGGGGAGCCCAGAGCCAGGGCUUUGGCCCUCCCCCUGAGCCCCAAGCCAGCCGAGACUGACUCACUUCCAGCUGCCUGGCCCCUGUCCUACCCAUUGCUCCUCCUUCAGCCUUUAUCUCGCUUUAGGAGCCACGAGUCACCUAGUCACAUCCCCCUCCUGGGUCUCGGGUUACGAAGGGGCGGCCAUAGCAUCUGUGUAGGCAGCUGGAGCAACCCCUGAAGAAGUCACACACCCUUAUUCCCACCACCUAGUGAUUGGUGCAAUACACAGGGAAACUGAGGCACACACACAUACAACAUAACAAGGGAAAAUCCCCACUUCAUCACAGAGACUAAUAAAGAAAUAACACCUUCAUUAGGAGUUUUACAUGCAAUAGGCCCGAGGUUUAACUCUUUAGAAUGCUUUUCCCAAUUACAAAAAUACCUUUCUUUCUUUUCAAAUGCAAAAUAGAGAUUUCACAAUGGUAGCAAGCUGUGACAGGAGUGCCCCAUCCACCACAACUCGCUACUCUUGGAUCAGAGGAAGGGGAAAGGUGAGAGGUAGCAAGUUGUAGCACCCAUCACAACUUGAUACCACUGAGCUAUAGCCUGGGGAAAGAUAGAGAAUGAAGAAAGGGCGGAGGUAGCAAAUCGUGAUGGGGAUGUCCCCAGCCCUCAAAAUCUGCUAUCUCUGGGUUAGGGUAUGGGGAAAGGCACAGGCAGCAAAUUGUGAUGGGGCAGCAAAAGAGAAUGCCCAGGUGUUAGUAGCUUCUAGCAGUAGCAAAUCAUGCUGGUGGCAUAUUUCUAUCCCCAGGGGGAUCACAGGGAGUGGGUGAUGGUAGCCGUAGUCACUAGAGGGGUCUGGCUAUUUGCUAACUGAGGGGGGUGGGGCUGCUCUCUCUCUCUGAGGCAGCAUAUUGGGGCUGAACUUCUGGGUCACAUGCUGAUUCUGCCUCUGAGUCCAUUGGCAUCUGGGAUCUCAGGCUCUGCUGAUUGUUAUGGGGGGAGGGAUAAGCUCACUGGUUUGAGCAUUGGCCUGCUAAACCCAGGGUUGCGAGUUCAAUCCUUGAGGGGGGCCAUUUAGGGAUAUGGGGCAAAAAUCUAAUUGGGGAUUGGUCCUGCUUUGAGCAGGGGGUUGGACUAGCUGAUCUCCUGAGGUCCCUUCCAACCCUGAUAUUCUAUGAUUCUUUAUCAGCUAAAGAUAUUUAGCUGCUCCCCUGAGCGCCUGCAGGAGCCGAGCCAGCUCCGGGAGAGCGAAUGCCCCGGCCGGGCCAGUGACCGAGUCUCCCAGCCCGAGAGGAGGGGGUGGGAGGGAGACAGGGAUAGAGACUGGCAGGGGCAGCAGGAGCAAUCAGUGGGGAGGGAGGUUCCCGGCUCCCAUCACUGCCCAGCUCCAUUUCCUGCAGCACCCCGUGGCAGAUUGACUUUCCUGGGACAAGGUGAGGGGCAGGGAGAGGAAAAACCACUUCCUGCCUCUGCCUAUUCUCCAGGGCUCUGAGGAAGCGAAAUCUGUAAAGAUGACCACUCGUGAUGAAUCUGAUAAAGUGGCUCCGUUUUUAUACCCUUAUGGCAGACAUCACACAGGGGUCUAGACGUCUGACUGUGUAUCCCCUCACCUCUUCCAUACUCUGAUAGGAAGGGGAGGCAAAAUUGAUCCCCUCCUCCCUCUCCUCUGGGAAAGGGUGUUGGGGACCAGGACAUGGGUGGUCAUGUCUAGUGGUCAAAGCAGGAGUCAGUCCUAAUGGUCAGAGCCAUGGGUCACAGCCAGGAUCAGGAACCUGCAGCCAAGGGUCAGAACUGGAAUCUGAGGCUGGAUGCCAGAACCCAGGGUUACAGCUGAAGUCAGAAAUGGGAGGUGAGGGCUAGAAGCAGUUACCUGGAUUGAGGCAAGGAAAGGGCAAGGCAGGAGUAAGGCUGGGAAUAAGCAGGAGCUACCACAGCCAUGGGCAAAUACACUGAACAGCCACAGCAGGUCUGCUAAGCCCCUCAGCCCCUGGUGGCUUGGCCCAUCAGGCAGCUCAAAUGGGGCCCAGCUGUGCUCAUUACUGUGCCUGGGGUUCAGCUAGCGGGUCCUUGCUCCUGACCAAGGACUGGGAGGGGUAUUUGAUUGAUUUAUCUCCUGGGCAGUUAGCUGGGUUUGUUCUGCCUUGUUUUACCCACGUUAGCAGGUGUAAUAUCCUUGUGGCUUCCUGCCCAGCAUGACUCACCCCUGGCUGGAGCUCCCAUUUUCUUUGAGUGUUCAGCUGUGAUGUGGAGGUGGAGGUGGAAUUGGUCCCCUCCUUUGUUUCCUCUGGAGAAGCGUUUUUUUUCCCGGGGGGUGGUGUUCUGCUGAUCUUCCCAGCAGUUACUUUGGUUUGUUUCUGUGAUGCAAGAACCCCAGGAUGCCAGGUGGCAAGGGGGUUACAGGAAUGUCCUGAUUCUUGUAAGUACAUUGUGUUUCACCAAAGAAUGACCUGUGCAGUCUUAAAUGAAAAUUGGGGUCACAGUGGAAAUUAAUAUUGUUGUGAAAUAUAUGUACGGAUCCUGCGGAAGGGGGUGUGUCUAGAUCCUGAAAAUAUGGUUUAAAGUCUGUGUCAUGGCAGAGUUGUGUGACGCAGUAGGGAGCGGGGUGGAUUGACCCAGGAAUGUCAUCUAGUUUUACUGGGACUGUCUGCAUUGGGGAUGGGAUAGCAGGGGAUGAGCCUGUAACCUGAGCCAGGAAGGGGGUGGGGCCAGGUGACACCUUUGCCAGGGUAACUGGACAAAGGCUAGAGGAGGAGCUGGGGGGAGGGGAGAGAGCCUGCUGGAGGUUUUUUUGCUUUCAGUUUUGUGCUGGGUGGUGGAAUGCAGGGAACCCCAAGGCUGCGGUCUAAGCUCCCUGCCCCCCAGAAGGACUCGACUGCGGGGUCCUGGUUGUACCUACAAGCUCUGUUUUAGACUGCGUUCCUAUUGUCCAAUAAACCUUCCAUUUUACUGGCUGGCUGAGGCCUUGGCUACACUGGCAAUUCACAGCGCUGCACUUGCUGCGCUCAGGGGUGUGAAAAAACACACCCCCCCCCCCCGAGCGCAGCGAGUGCAGCGCUGUAAAGCGCCAGUGUAAUCAGCGCCUGCAGCGCUGCACGCUCUCUCGCAGCGCUGCAAGCUAUUCCCCUCGGAGAGGUGGAGUACCGGCGCACCAGGCAGAGGCUGCUACAGAACUUUUACUGGCCCAGGGUCUUUACCAUUGUCCAUCAAUAUUGCCAAUCCUGUGACCCCUGUCAGAGGGUGGGGAAGGCCCGGAACAAGGGGAAAGCAGCUUUGAGACCUUUGCCAAUCAUAGAGGAACCUUUCCAGAAGGUGGCCAUGGACAUAGUGGGACCUCUCAGCAAGGUGACCCGGUUGGGAAAGAAAUACAUUCUGGUGGUGGUAGAUUUCGCCACCCGCUACCCUGAGGCAGUGUCUUUAGCUUCCAUUGAAGCAGAUGCGCUCCUGACCAUUUUCAGCCGAGUGGGGUUCUCCAAGGAAGUCUUGACAGACCAAGGAUACAACUUCAUGUCGGCCCUGCUCCGGUGCUUGUGGGAGAAAUGUGGGGUCCGGCACAGCUUAUCAUCCCCCAGUCCAAUGGGCUGGUGGAGAGGUUCAAUGGAACUCAAAAGUUUUUAGCAUCAUCUUUAAUGAACCAGCACCCGCAGGAUUGGGACAAGUACUUACCUCACCUGCUGUUCGCGUACAGGGAGGUACCCCAGGAGUCUACUGGAUUUUUGCCUUUCGAACUGUUAUAUGGAAGUAGGGUAAGGGGGCCCCUGGACCUGAUGAGAGACGAAUGGGAGGGGAAGGCCACUCCCGAUGGAGAGUCAGUGGUGGAGUAUGUCCUGAUCUUCUGAGAGAGACUUGCUGAGCUCAUGGGCCUGGUCAGGGAGAAUUUAGCCAGACCCCAGAGGAAGCAGAAGGUCUGGUAUGACCACAUGGCGCAGGCCUGCGUCUAUGCCACCGGGGAUCAGGUGAUGGUUCUCAUCCCCGUGAAGAAAAACAAACUACAGGCUGCUUGGGAAGGUCCUUUCAAGGUUGUCAAGCAGCUAAAUGAGCCAAGUACAGUGGUUUAUUUUACAACAAGUGGGGAGAUUUCAGCUGGUGAAGAUGAGCCACCUGGGGUAGUAGAGAACAUACAGGAAGGGGAGGAAGAAGAGCCUAUAUACAUGGUGGUGGCCAAGGUAUCGUUGGAGGAUGGUGAGGCCAAGAGUCAGGCAGUAACUGACAAUUGCUGGUCAAAUGGCAAUAUCAUCAUGAUAACUAAGCUGGAGUCAUACAGGAUUACAGCCAGGGUACGUAGCGAGUUGCCAUCAGAAGCAGAGCGGUCUGAGACAGAAUUGCAAGAUGAGUAACAGGGAUCAUAGAUGAGAUGGAGAGACAGACAAUGCCCAACAGCAUGGUCACUAGGAAUGAUGACAUUUCAGAAACAGAAGAGGGGGUGAUCUAGACCUCUUUAGCGGAUUAGUCGGAUAAAGAGAACCAGCCUUCUGGAAGAAUAAAUCUGAUAUGUACAUGCUGCUUUUGCAAAAAGGAGACUUAAAAGAAAACCUAUAGCAAAGUUGUCUCAUUCCCUUGAGAGACGGGGAAAGGAAAUGGCUGGAGUGGAGCUGGUGACCUUUGAGGAUGUGGCUGUGUAUUUCACGGAGGAAGAGUGGGCUUUGCUAGACCUGGGUCAGAGAGCCCUGUACAGGGAUGUCAUGCAGGAGAAUUAUGAGACUGUGACCUCGCUGGCAAAACCUGACAUGAUCUCCCGGCUGGAACAAGGGGAGGAGCCGUGGGUCCCUGAUCUCCAGGGCUAUGAGGAAGGGGAGAUCCUGAGGAAUGUCCACACAGAAGGUGAGGGGAUGAUGAGUGAGAAUGAGGAGGAGAAUCCUCAGCAGGAAGAUCCUGAGCAAGUGGAUCUACAUGGGAUGGUAUCCGGAAGAGCUGAAAAGGACAUUUCCCAGAAUCCUGAGGAGCCAGACAUCUGUGAGAGCCAGCACAGGCCAGAGAGGCAGCAGGAAAACCACUCAGAGGAGAGAUGGGCUAAAUUGACUCUCAGAAGCAGACGGGUCAAGAAAAUCAAAGAAACUGUUGAACAGAGAAACCCCACUAUAGAGAGACCCUACACUUGUGGGGAUUGUGGGAAAAGCUUCACUUGGAAAUCAGUCCUUAUUAUUCACCAGAGAAUCCACACAGGAGAGAGACCCUAUAAGUGUCUGCACUGUGGGAAAAGCUUCAGACAGAGUUCAGCCCUUAUUACACAUCAUACAAUCCACACAGGAGAGAAGCCCUAUAAUUGCCCUGACUGUGGGAAAAGCUUCAACUGCAGCUCAACCCUUAUUCAACAUCAUAGAAUUCACACGGGAGAGAAACCCUACAAAUGCAGUGACUGCGGGAAAAGAUUCAGUGUGAGCUCUCACCUUCUGUCACAUCAGAGAACCCACACAGGAGAGAGACCCUAUGAAUGCUCCAAGUGCAGGAGGAGUUUCAGUCAAAGUUCACAGCUUCUAUCACAUCAAAGAACCCACACGGGAGAGAGACCCUAUGAGUGCCCUGUGUGUGGGAAAAACUUCAGUAGGAGCUCAACUCUUAUUACUCACCAGAGAAUCCACACAGGAGAGAAACCCUACAAAUGCAAUGAGUGUGGGAAAAACUUCAGUGUGAGCUCACACCUGCUAUCACAUCAGAGAACCCACACGGGAGAGAGACCCUAUGAAUGCCUCCAGUGUGGGAAAAGCUUCAGUCAGAGCUCACACCUUAUUAGACAUCUGAGAAUCCACACAGGAGAGAAACCCUAUAAUUGCCCCAACUGCGGGAAACGCUUCAGUCACAGCUCAUCCCUUACUAAACAUCAGAGAAUCCACACAGGAAAGUAAUGAUAUAACUACCCCAACUGUGGGAAAAGCUUCAGAGUUCAGAUUUCACUAAUCACCAGAGAAUCAACAUGGGGGGAGACACUGCAAAUGCAGUGAAUGUGAGAAAAGAUUCAGUCAAAGCUCACAGCUCCUAUCUCAUCAGAAGAGAGACCCUAUGAAUGCUCCUAGUGCAGGAAAAGCUUCAGAGAGGUCAAACCUUAUUAUUCACCAAAGAAUCUCAUGGGGGAGAAACUCUUUCAAUGUCCCGAGUGGGGGAAAAGUUUCAGAACGACUCAGCCCUUACUACACAAUAGAGAAUCCACGGUGGAGAGAGACCCUACAAGUGUAUGGACUGUAGUAAAAGCUUCAGUCAGAGCUCAGCCCUUAUUAUACAUCAUACAAUCCACACAGGAGAGAAGCCCUAUAUCUUCUCUGACUGAAGGAAAAUCUUCAGUUGAAGCUCAACUCUUAGUCAACAGCAGGGAAUCUACAUAGGAGAGAAACCCUACAAAUGCAGGGAGUGUGGGAAAAGCUUCAGUGUGAGCUCACAUCUUCUAUCACAUCAGAGAACCCACAGGGAAGAGAGACCCUAUAAGUGACCCAACUGUGGGAAAUGCUUCUGGCAGAGCCUAAACCUCAUAAGAAAUUCCACAAAGGACACACAUCAUAGAAGUGCCCUUGUUAGGGAUGACCUUUUCCAAUUCCCAUGAAUUUCAGACUAGGCUGGAAUAGCCAUGUAAUGAGGAUAUGCAAUGGGUAGUUAUUAAAACAGAAAAUGAAAUCACUUUAUUGGGACAGAGUUGUACAGAGCAAGAGGCUAGAAUGGGAUUAGAUUGUAACUUCUUGAGAAGUUCUGAACACUGAUCAUGCUCCAUUCAGGUGUUACACAUCUAGAACAAUCUUUAUGUUAUAUACUAUGACUUCUCAUUUAUUCUUGAUAGUGUUUUAGGCCCAAAUCCACCAUUGUGACACUCAGAUAAUUAUAAUGCCUAACUUUUAGGUUGUUCACAGGAACAACACUGGGAUCCACAAAGCCCAAGUUAGAUAUCCAGGCUCCCUAUACAAUGAAGGGGAAGAGAAUUAAUCUUAGAAUGUGAUUCACAAAAGCCUUUGCAUUAGGUGGGGAGCUGCCUAAGCUAAUCGGUAGGAGAUGCCAAUGAGAAGGGUAUGUUCUAAGCCCUGCCCAUCUCAUGGAGAUAGGCACCUAUCUCUGUUUCUGAUUCAUGAACUGGGGAAGUUAGACACUCCUCUGCUGAUGGCAUCCAAACCAGUUGGUGUGUUCAGACAAAACAGCUGUGGUGGGAAAGGAGGAUCUCACUCAUAACUUUUAGCCCCAUCAUUAGGGCACUUGCCCAGGAUGUGGGAGACCUCCCCGACUUCAAGUCCCACCUCCAUCUGAUGAAACAAAGGGAUUUGAGUGGUAUCUGUCACCUCUCAUGUGAGUGCCCUGGCCACGAAACUAUGGAUUAGUCUGAUACAGAGAUCCUUCAGUUUCUCCUUAUGAAACAGUUCCACUGGAUAUAAAUACUAAAAGAGUCCUUUGGCUAGAGAGAGAGAGAGUUGGAAUGACUCUGCAGCAUUGUGAUUAGGCAACCACCCCAUAAGGUAGGUGAUUGAGUCCAGUUCCUUUCCUCCAUUGACUCUUUAAGUUUCCUUGAAGACAGAAUCCUAAGUCCCACCAUGAAGGAGACUUCACACUGAACAACAGAAGGCAGGGUGAGAAAUUCCACCUAGUAAAAAGUGCAGAAGGAUUUAGGAAAUCCAUGCUUGUUGCUAAAAUUCCAUAGGGAAUUUAUGCACUUUGAAUGAAGUCAGAAUUUGUUCUUUCAGAGCAUAAUUAUUGUUUCCUUAGAACACUGAACCCAUUGGAGUUCAGAUCUAUUCCAUAAAUCCAGACUCUUGGGACAGUAGGAACUCUUAGUUAGGCUUAUAUGACUUUGGUAUUUUCCAACAACUUCCACCCAACUAUGAAAAAUAUUGUAGUGUUUCAGUGAAAUCACUGCCUCCAUCAAUGGGAGAGUUUCUCCUGAUGGCAUAGGUACUCCAUCUCUUGGAGAGGCAGUAGCUAGGUCAAUGGGAGAUUUUGCCCUUUGACCUUGCACUUUUUACACCGGGGGGUCAGAUCAGUUUAAAUGUGCAGCUGAGAGAGGAGGGAUUUUUCAGACCAGUGAGUAAUGUAGUCAGACCAACCUAAUUUCCUAAUGUAGCUCAAGCCUUAGAUCUCUCUCCCUUACAACAUUACACUCUAUGUGGGAGUGAGAAAAGCUAUCUUCUAACUUCAACAUCUUUAGUCAAUAUUUAUGUUCUAAAUUUUAGAAUACUUUUAUUCUAAUUUUAAUUGUGUGAUGUGUUUUUAACUACAAGAGUUAUCAAAUGUGAUAAUACCUUAUAUUCCACACUAGCCUCAUUUCACCCUUGGGGUGGUAACUUAACUAGUUUAUCUUUGUCUAUUUUAAAUACCAAAAGUAGGUUACUUUGUGAUAGUUCUCUUUCUACACUUGAACAGUGUUUACUCAUUGGUAUACAGAAUUAUGUAGCUCUCUCUCUUUUCUGCCAAUUACUUCAAUCACCAGGAUCUUCCUGUCUGUUAACUCUAAGAAUACUCUCUCAGCCUGCUUGAUUAGCUGUCAUUUGAAUACCAUGGUUAAUCAAACUGCUUUCUGAAUUUUCACACUUGUAAAAUUGCCUAUUAGCUCCACUAAAUCAAAACUAAUCCUCUCUGCUCUGCACUGUUGUAUAAUAAUCACAUUGGGUGAUUCUUGUACCUCCACUUUUGUAUGUCAUUGUAGUAAUUUCCAGCUAGACAUGUUUAUCUAAACUCUGCUGAAUUUCGAGCUGUAGUAAUCAGAUGACUCUGAUUUUGCCUUAAAAAUCUUGCUUAGCCUCAAAAUACUACCUUUUUGAGACAGAAGUAAAAGUAGCAGCAAUGGUUUUGCUAGUUUUUGUUACAUUGACAAUACUUUCAGUUAUAUUCUCCUACCCAGCCUAUCUAGUUUUAUUCAGUGUUAGUUUAAAAGUUUGAAUAUCAAGUUGAAGUAUAAUUGUUGUAAUUUAUUUGCUUUACUGAGUUUAUACUUGGUUAUUUGUCCUGCUUUGAGCAGCAGGUUGGACUAGAUGACCUCCUGAGGUCCCUUCCAACCCUGGUAUUCUAUGAUUCUAUGUUCUGAUACUAUUGCUUUAAGUUUAGCUUUUAAAUUAUGUUAAUAAUUUUUAGUUACUAGUUAUUCUUAAUUAGGGCAAACAACCUCUUGAUGUGGUUUAUGAAUAUUUAAUGGAAUCCCAUUCUGAUUAUUUCUCAUAGCUGUUUCAAUUUUAUAUUCAGUUUUAUAACACUAGUCCAUUCAUAGAAUCAUAAAAAAAGUAGGACUGGAAGGCACCUGAAGAAGUCAUCAAGUACAGCCUCCUGCACUGAGACAGGACCAAGUAAACCUAGAUCAUACCUGAUAAGAAUUUGCAUAACCUGUUCUUAAAAACCUCCAGCAAUGAUUAGGACCUAUGGAUUACAGUGGACAAGAAGCUGGAUAUGAGUCAACAGUGUGCCCUUGUUGCCAAGAAGGCUAACGGCAUUUUGGGCUGUAAAAGUAGGGGCAUUGCCAGCAGAUCAAGGGAUGUGAUCAUUCCCCUCUAUUCGGCAUUGGUGAGGCCUCAUCUGGAGUACUGUGUCCAGUUUUGGGCCCCACACUACAAGAAGGAUGUGGAAAAAUUGGAAAGAGUCCAGCAAAGGGCAACAAAAAUUAUUAGGGGACUGGAACACAUGACUUAUGAGGAGAGGCUGGGGGAAGUGGGAUUGUUUAAUCUGCAGAAGAGAAGAAUGAGGGGGGAUUUGAUAGCUGCGUUCAACUACCUGAAAGGGGAUUCCAAAGAGGAUGGAUCUAGACUGUUCUCAGUGGUACCAGAUGACAGAACAAGGAGUAAUGGUCUCAAGUUGCAGUGGGGGAGGUUUAGGUUGGAUAUUAGGAAAACUUUUUCACUAGGAGGGUGGUGAAGCACUGGAAUGGGUUACCUAGGGAGGUGGUGGAAUCUCCUUCCUUAGAGGUUUUUAAGGUCAGGCUUGACAAAGUCCUGGCUGGGAUGAUUUAGUUGGGAAUUGCUCCUGCUUUGAGCAGGGGAUUGGACUAGAUGACCUCCUGAGGUCCCUUCCAACCCUGAUAUUCUAUGAUUCUAUUCCACCACCUCCCUUGGAAAGCCUAUUUCAGAGCUCAACUACCUUUAUAUUUAGAAAGUUUUUCCUAAUAUCUAACCUAAAUCUCCCUUGCUGCAGGUUAAGAACAUUAGUUCCUGGUUUUCCUGAGCUAGUUAGAUGAGAAGCAAUUAAUUCAUAAUUCCAUCUAAUUAAUUGUGCCAUUAUCUUCAUAUAAGUAAGAGUUUGAAAAAGGAAAGGUAGCUAAUAGCUCAGGGCACUGGCCACUCUGUGAGCCACAUGACUUUUUCUAUUGCUUUUUCUCUUUCUGUAUCUUCUGCUACAAUAAACAUGCCUGUCCUGUAACAUGUUAAAUUUUUUCAACCAUCACAGUGCCAUCAUCUUUACUGAAGAUGGAGGGAGGGCUGCAGGGGUCUGGGAGAAAGGGUGAGCAAUAAGCAUAAUG